AGGCGACGCCUGCGCGCUGAGCAUCGGUUGCCCAUGCGGCCCUAGGGCUGGGAGCGCCGCGCUCCGCUGCGGGGGAGACCAUGGCGGAAGCUUCCCAGGCCUCGACCCCAGCCCCGGCUUCGCAGCCUCGAUCCCUUCAGUCCCCAGCCCCCACCCCGACUCCGACUCCGGCUCCUAGCCCGGCUUCCGCCCCGAUUCCGGCUCCUACUCCGGCACCAGCUCCCGCCCCGGCUGCAACCCCAGCCUCCGGGAGCACAGGGACUGGGGGGCCCGGGGUAGGAAGUGGGGGGACCGUGAGCGGGGGGGAUCCGGCUCGACCUGGUCUGAGCCAGCAGCAGCGAGCCAGCCAGAGGAAGGCGCAAGUCCGGGGACUGCCGCGCGCCAAGAAGCUUGAGAAGCUAGGGGUCUUCUCGGCUUGCAAGGCCAAUGAAACCUGCAAGUGUAAUGGCUGGAAAAACCCCAAGCCCCCCACAGCACCUCGCAUGGACCUGCAGCAGCCAGCUGCCAACCUCAGUGAGCUGUGCCGCAGCUGUGAGCACCCCUUGGCUGAUCAUGUUUCCCACCUGGAGAACGUGUCAGAGGAUGAGAUUAAUCGACUGCUGGGGAUGGUGGUGGACGUGGAGAAUCUGUUCAUGUCUGUGCACAAAGAGGAGGAUACAGACACCAAGCAGGUCUAUUUCUACCUCUUCAAGCUCCUUCGAAAAUGUAUUCUGCAGAUGACCAGGCCAGUAGUGGAGGGGUCCCUGGGCAGCCCCCCCUUUGAGAAGCCUAACAUUGAACAGGGUGUGCUGAACUUUGUGCAGUACAAGUUCAGUCACCUGGCUCCCCGGGAGCGGCAGACAAUGUUUGAACUUUCAAAGAUGUUCCUGCUCUGCCUUAACUACUGGAAGCUUGAGACUCCGGCUCAGUUUCGGCAGAGGUCUCAAGCUGAAGAUGUGGCUACUUACAAAGUCAAUUACACCAGGUGGCUGUGUUAUUGCCACGUGCCUCAGAGCUGUGACAGCCUCCCCCGUUAUGAGACCACUCAUGUCUUUGGACGCAGCCUUCUUCGCUCCAUCUUCACUGUUACCCGGCGACAGCUGCUUGAAAAGUUCCGGGUGGAGAAGGAUAAGUUGGUGCCAGAGAAGAGAACUCUCAUCCUCACCCAUUUCCCCAAGUUCUUGUCCAUGUUGGAGGAAGAGAUCUACGGGGCAAACUCUCCUAUCUGGGAGUCAGGCUUCACCAUGCCACCUGCUGAGGGGACACAGCUGGUGCCCCGGCCAGCCACUGUCAGUGCAGCAGUUGUUCCCAACACCCCCAUCUUCAGCCCCACCAUUGGCGGAGGCAGCAACAGCUCCUUGAGUCUGGAUUCUGGAGGAGCAGAGCCCAUGCCAGCAGGCGAGAAGAGGAAGCUCCCGGAGAACCUGACCCUGGAGGAUGCCAAGCGGCUCCGUGUGAUGGGUGACAUCCCCAUGGAGCUGGUCAACGAGGUCAUGCUCACCAUCACUGACCCUGCAGCCAUGCUGGGGCCUGAGACCAGCCUGCUGUCAGCCAACGCAGCCCGGGAUGAGACAGCCCGCCUGGAGGAGCGCCGUGGCAUCAUCGAAUUCCAUGUCAUUGGCAACUCUCUGACGCCCAAAGCCAACCGGCGGGUGUUGCUUUGGCUUGUGGGGCUGCAGAAUGUCUUCUCCCACCAGCUGCCACGGAUGCCCAAGGAAUAUAUUGCCCGCCUUGUUUUUGACCCGAAGCACAAGACUCUGGCCUUGAUCAAGGAUGGGCGGGUCAUUGGUGGAAUCUGCUUCCGCAUGUUCCCCACCCAGGGCUUCACAGAGAUUGUUUUCUGUGCUGUUACCUCCAAUGAGCAGGUCAAGGGCUAUGGGACUCACCUGAUGAACCACUUGAAGGAAUAUCACAUCAAACACAACAUUCUCUACUUCCUCACUUAUGCUGAUGAGUAUGCCAUCGGCUACUUCAAAAAGCAGGGCUUCUCCAAGGACAUCAAAGUGCCCAAGAGCCGCUACCUGGGCUACAUCAAGGACUAUGAGGGUGCCACACUGAUGGAGUGUGAGCUGAAUCCCCGGAUCCCCUACACAGAGCUGUCCCACAUCAUCAAGAAGCAGAAAGAGAUCAUCAAGAAGCUGAUUGAGCGCAAACAAGCUCAGAUUCGUAAAGUUUACCCAGGGCUCAGCUGCUUCAAAGAGGGUGUGAGGCAGAUCCCUGUGGAGAGCGUCCCUGGCAUUCGAGAGACGGGCUGGAAACCGCUGGGGAAGGAGAAAGGGAAGGAGCUGAAGGACCCUGACCAGCUCUACACAACACUCAAAAACCUUCUGGCUCAGAUCAAGUCCCACCCUAGUGCCUGGCCCUUCAUGGAGCCUGUGAAGAAGUCAGAGGCCCCUGACUACUACGAGGUCAUUCGCUUCCCCAUUGACCUGAAGACCAUGACGGAGAGGCUGCGCAGCCGCUACUAUGUCACCCGGAAACUCUUUGUGGCUGACCUGCAGCGGGUCAUCGCCAACUGCCGCGAGUACAACCCCCCUGACAGCGAGUACUGCCGCUGUGCCAGCGCCCUGGAGAAGUUCUUCUACUUCAAGCUGAAGGAGGGGGGGCUCAUUGACAAGUAGUCACAGCUCGGGACCUCAGCCUUGACCUGGACUGGCCACCUAAUCUGAGCUCCAGAGUUGCUCUGGUACCUUGUUUUCAGCAGGAGACCCAGCCACCAGGAGCCCUCCAGCCUUAGAUCCUGUCUGGACCCUGGGAACCCCCAAGUCUCCAGUCCCAGCCCACCCUGCUUUGUGUCUGACCUUGAGGAUAGGUCUCCUAGGUCAGGAGCCUUCCAGCCCCUCCAGAGUGGUCAGUGGCCAGGGACUGAACCCGACCCAGCCCUGAUGGCCCCCAGCCCCUGUGUCCACAGAGCUGGAGUCCUGGGUCUGGCCCAGGUGGCUGCUUCCUCAAGGAUGAGAUUGCCAAUUUGCAAGGGGGCCCAGGGCUUGGCAGUUCAAUCCAGACUGGAGGAGCUGUGCCUCACCCUGCAUUGAUUUGUCAGUCUGUCCCCUAGGGGUGGGGGACAUGGGGACCACUCAUUUCCUGGCAUUAAUCCCUUGGAGGGAACAAUAAAGCUUGUUUGUUGUUU